GAGUCUUAAUAUGUACCACGGCUGGCCCUGCAUCAUCUUCUGCAGCUAUAUAUGCUGUAAAGGAAGAGCUCUGCUACAGUUCUCAGAUGGACAGGCUCUUUUACUCUGUCAUCACGGACUUUUAAAUGCAUAAUGGGAUUUCAAGUCUUUAAUAACUAACGAGGAUUCAGGACACAAUCAUAAGUUGAAAACUAUAGAAAACCAUCAGGGUAAAAGUACAUAUUUAAAUAUGGGGAUUCUGAGCCAGCUAUCAAUCCUUUACCUCCUCUGGACCACUACUGUAUUUUGCCAAUAUGAAGACUACGAUUUUGGGGACGAAUAUGAUGAGCCAGAUCAUCAACAACCAUACUAUUCUAACUCUAAUCCAAGCGCACAAGCUGAAGUUCCUCACUUUCCUUUUCCAGUUGAGUGUGCCAGAGAAUGCUUUUGUCCACCAGAAUUUCCACUGUCUAUGUACUGUGACCAUCGUAAGCUUAAAACAAUACCAAACAUCCCUGCUCACGUCCAACAACUCUAUCUGCAAAACAAUGAUAUUGAAGCUGUACCUGCAGGACCAUUCACUAAUGUUACCAUUUUAAGAGAAAUUAAUCUGAGCUACAACAAAAUUAAAUUUCAUAUGAUUGAUCAUGGUGUUUUUGCCAAAUUGUCAAACUUAGUGCAGCUUCAUUUACAUCAUAAUGAAUUAGAUGAAUUUCCAUUCCCACUUCCCAGCUCUCUGGAGAGACUCCUCCUUGGUUUCAAUAAGAUUUCUAAGUUACCUGGAAUUGCACUGGAUGGAUUAGCAAACAUAACCAUGCUUGACCUUUGCAGUAAUUUUCUUGACGAUUCAGUACUCAAAGGAAAUCCCUUUUCAGCCAUGAACAACUUAAUGCAGCUGAACUUAUGCAACAACAAAUUACAGACUAUGCCUCCCAACCUGCCGUCAUCACUUAUGUAUCUCUCCCUUGAAAAUAACUCAAUUUCUUAUAUUCCGGAAAACUAUUUCAGCAAACUCCCCAAAAUCAUUGCUCUAAGAAUGUCUCACAAUAACCUGCAGAACAUUCCACGCAACACCUUUAUUAGUCUACCAAACCUGAUAGAACUUAACCUUGGACAUAACAAACUGAAACAAGUAUUCUAUAUUCCAAGAAGUCUGCAGCAUUUGUAUAUUGAAGACAAUGACAUUGAAAUGAUAAAUGUUACUUUGAUGUGUCCAUCUAUUGAUCUGAUGAACAUCAACCAGUUAACCUAUAUACGGGUGGACCAAAAUAAGCUAACAACUCCAAUAAGCACAUACGCCUUCUUUUGCUUCCCACACAUAAGAACUAUUUACUAUGGUGAACAAAACAGUAAUGCCAACAAGUCAACACAAAUCAGAGCACCGGUGUUUCGACGACUUUUAACACCAGAAGAAUAUGAUGAAAUAGAAGAUGAUCAUGAAAUACAUGAUCAAGAAACUGAAGAAGAGCACGAAGCAGAAAACAAUUAUUUUUAUCCUCACUUUUGGUGAAAUAAUCAUUGUUAAUGAGUA